AUGGUUUCAGGCGGCAAUGACAAAAAUACACCUGCCGUAGUAUCGUUAGCCGCGGGAGGUGUGGCUGGAGGCGUCGAAGGGUUUCUUUCGUAUCCGAUGGAGUUCGCAAAGACCCGUGUGCAAUUGAGGGCAGAGAAAGGUGUCCCGACCCCCAGGAAUCCGUUUCUCGUUGUUACGCAAGUCUAUCAGAAGGAAGGUAUUCGAGCGUUAUACAAAGGCUGCGGCGCAUUAGUUGUAGGCUCGAUAGCUAAAGAUGGCGUGCGCUUCCUCUUUUUCGACCAAAUCAAAGAAUCGUUCGCAGAUCCAGAGACCGGCACCCUCUCCCCUCUGCGCAACCUCCUUGCUGGCAUGACCGCCGGAGUAAUAGCAUCCAUCACCGCAGUCACUCCCACGGAGCGCAUCAAAACUGCCCUUAUUGAUGACGCAAGGACUGAAAAAAGAUUUCGAUCUGGUUUUCAUGCUACUACUACAAUCUGGAAAGAGCAUGGAAUUCUAGGGUUGUACCGCGGAUUUGCGGGAACUACGAUGAAGCAAGCAUCCGCUACUGCGUUUCGUAUGGGAACGUACAAUAUUCUGAAGGACUACGAGAAGGAGAGGAAUAUUGAGCAGAAUACUGCUGUUAACUUCGCCAAUGGAUCGGUUGCAGGUGUUGUGACGACUCUUGCUACCCAACCUUUCGAUGUGAUCAAGACGCGAUCUCAGAGCGCCAGAGGAACAUCGACUGCCGAGGCUGUUAAGAGUAUUUUGCUCGACUAUGGUAUCCGAGGAUUCUGGAAAGGCACAACAAUGCGAUUGGGACGGACUGUAUUUAGUGGCGGUAUUCUGUUCACGAGCUAUGAAGCCGUGGUUAAGGUCAUCAUGCCACUUUACCCAGGAGUGACGCAUACGCCAGCUACUGAAGCUCCAUAG